AAAAUAUAAUCACGAAGCUAUCAUAUAUACAUGAUUUGGAGCCGCCGUCGCUGAAUAUUCAGAGACCUUAAUUCUACAUCUCAAAUAUACAGGUGAUUAUUAUUGGGGGUGGAAAUUGAUGAAUAUGCCUAAGAAAGAUUUGUGGGGUUCUUUCAGAUUGAGAAGCUUUCUUCAACUACUCUCUGGCAAUCGAUCUAGCUCUACAAAUGCAUCGCAGGGACAGUUCCCAGCUAUGGGAGUAUCUAAGGUUGCCCAUGGCUAUUCGAUGCCGCAAAGUCUUCGACUUUUCAGCACCAACAGCAGACCAUGGAUAAAACUUGAUACCAAAGUGUUAAAUGGUGGAGAGGACAAGGUUCAACAAUCACACCAAGCUACUUCCUCUGGGCUCAAUUUCGCCCACUGGUUCAAAUGGAUGUUGGGAUCCAUAUUAUCACUAAUGCUGCCUUUUUGGGCUCAGAAUUGGGGAAAACUGAAGAGGAUUGAAGGAAAGGCAGAAAUUGUAAUGGAAGAGGUUGAGAAUGUGGCAGAGGUAGUAGAAAAAGUGGCAAAUGUGGCUGAGAAGGUGUCGGCGGACGUCGCAGAUGAGCUCCCUGAUAAUAGCAAACUAAAGGAAACAGUUUUGCUGGUAGAACGGGCAUCAAAAGUGGCUGCUCAAGAUGCUCAACUAACACAAGAUUUAAUUCACAAGGUGGAAAUACUGAAGCAAGACCUGGGAGACUUGGAGACGCUAGCGGAGCCCGUUGUUGAGAAGAUUGCGAAGCGAGUGAUAUAAACAUUUGUUGAUGAAUAAAAUUGUUUCCAUUUGUUGAAAAGGAAAGGGAAAUGCUAGGGCGACUGCAUUGUAUAUCAUCUCUCUAAUAUGUACAUAAAUGUGAUUUUUCUAGCAUUACUUCAAAGAAAAUUAGAAAUUAGAAACUACUCGCAAAAACAAAAAUGGAAACGUCAAAUGCUUGUACAUUUAUCAAUUAUACGUCAAUUACUUGAAAACAGAAGAGUCCAACA